CAGAAUAUGCUUGGCUCUCUUGCACAAAUUAUCCCUUCCUUCUUAUCAUUUACUUCCUAAAUUCUCUAAUUAAUCUCGAUCCUAAUCCUUUUACUUAAACCCUUACUCACCAAAACUGUUGGGCGUUUUGUGAUUAAUAUUUAGAGGAGAAAGUGUGUGAUGGAGCUUCUAAUGGUGGUGGAUGAUUUUUUUGUCACGGCGUCCCUGGCGCUUCUUCUUACCUUCAUCGUCUUAAAGCUCGUCGAGGCCAUGAACGACACUCACGCCGCACCAAAACGUCACGUCGUCCACCUCGAACCGGAUCAUCCGGUUUCUCGAGCCAAGACCAAGGUCGGUCUCAUUAGUCCGGUUCAGGAGGAAAUUGCCACGUGUGCAGUAGGAGCCAAACACGGGAUAGAAAAAAAGGCUGCCGUCAAAUCGGUUCGUCCUCGUGGGAAACGGUUCACCGUUAACCCCGCUCAAAGCAAGGUUAAGGUCGAACCGGUUCCUCCCGCUCAAAGCGAGAGCACGAUCGGUUUUGUUAGUCCGGUUCAAUCUGCCAUGUGUGUGGAGACUGAACGCAAGGUAGAAGAAGCUAUGGUCGAACCGGAACUGGUUCAGCUCGUUAAGACCGAGGGCACGGUUGGUUUUAUUAGUCCGAUUCAAGCUGACACCUGUGUAGGAACAGAAGACAAGAAAGAAGAAGCUACGGUCGAAUUCGAUUCCCACGUUGUUGUGGAGUCACCGGUGAAAUCAGACACAGACAUUGUCGUUACAGAGGAAAUAGCUGAGGGCAAUGAAGGAACACAAGAAUUGGAUGAUUCGGCGGAGAAGAGGAUCGUGGAAAGUGUUGAAGAAAUCAACGUGGAACCUUCUGUUGUAGAUAGCGACGGAAAAGAGAAUGAAGAUGAUUAUGAUGAUGAUUGGGAAGGGAUUGAAAGGAGUGAAUUGGAGAAAGAAUUUAUGGCGGCUACGGAAUUUGUUAGUGGCGAGGAAAAUCGAUUGGGGGGUGUAGGAAGCAAUUUGAGAAUGGAGUUGUAUGGGCUUUACAAGGUUGCCACGGAAGGGCUUUGCCGUGAACCUCAACCAAUGGCUCUCAAGCUCGCCGCACGUGCCAAGUGGAAUGCUUGGCAAAAGCUGGGGAACAUGAAUCCAGAGGUUGCAAUGGAGCAGUAUAUCAGCCUUCUUUCGGAUAAAUUUCCCGGAUGGAUCAAAGAUACUUCUGCUGGAAUGAGUGAACAUGAAACCACAAGGCCUGAAGUUUCUGGGUCCGAUGCUUCUGAUUUGAGCACAACUUUGUCUCAUCAACAAAUGAUCAUAACUGAAAGGGAGCUUGAACAAGAGUCUGAUUCCAAGGACCGUAGCCCACUUACAGAGACAGAUUUGCAGAACAAUGUUAACAAAUGAUGGCAUCUCUCUGCUAAUAUUCCGCGCAAGGGAACAUUCUCCUGCAUUUAUUUCGUCAAAAAGAAGACUGAUUCCAAGUAUAUAUAAGUUUGUUUCGAAGUACGAGAGAUUCUUGGGCUGUUUGUUUUAUCCUCUGUUCCUUAAAUUAUUUGUUGAUCAGAUGUGUUCUAUUGUUCUUCAAUACGAUCAAGUUGUUAAUAUAUUUUUUGUACAUAAAUAAAUGUGUAUAGGAUCAUAUGCGCAGCCGAAGAUUACGUACUUCUGGUUGUUAAAAACUAAUUUAUCAAUAUCAUGUCAUCCUGUGGCAUUUCAGUAGUAGAUGUUGUUAUGCUAUCUAGUGCAAUAUCUCAAUUUGACCAA